UUCCCAAGAGGGCUUGCAUGAGAACUACUGUCAGUGGAGGUGGUGUGCGAGUGGCCACUAAAAGCUAGAAGCCAGACUCAACCAAAUCUUUCUAUGCUCUUAUUCCAUGCAGAGCCCUGUAAUAUAAAAGUGGAACUGAAAGUGAUUCAACUAACAAAACUCGUAAACCGUACAGAGCCCUGUGAUAUAAAAGCAAAACCAACAGACCACAAAUGUUUCCUCCACAGAGCCUGAACUCUUCUCUUCUACUUCUGUUAAAAGAUGAAUUUAAACCAGGUGCUCAUUAAGGUUCUGACAGCUCUAAAUAUCCUAUGUCGCAACAUCCCAGAAGAUUACAGGGAAGGAAAGAUGGGAAGUAAUAAAAAGAGACUGGAGUGACUUUGCUUCUAUUUUCGGUUCAAAUUCUAUCAGAGUGAGAGAAAGCUGGAAAUCCCUGCAAACUCUGCUUCCUGCAAAAUGGAAGGAAAGAGGAUUCCUUGACAUUCAGAGAAUGUCCUGACCCAGGCAGGGAACUGAAGUCUUGAACUAAGGAAAUGGGUAAAGAAGUUGACAUAUGAGUUAUCUGGGAGAAUAUGGCAAGUGAAUCCAUGGGCACAGAUUUUUGUUUUCCAUGUCCUGUUGGCCAGUGAAAACCAGAGAGCUCUAGAACAUCCCUCCUGUCAGAGAGGAUGUCAUAGUCUUCAAUACAACUUUUUUGCCAUGGUCAGUUCUGAUGGAGAACUCCUUUCAUAUUCAGCCCAUGGCUACCUAGAUGGUGAAUUGUUCCUUCAUUAUGACAGUGAGAGCCAGAGGCCAGAGCCUCGGGGCACCUGGUUGGGUAAUCUUGUGGAAACAGACGCUUGGAAGAAAGAGAACAGUAAUCUGAAGGUGAUUGGACAGGAGUUCAAAAUAACUGUGACAAAAAUCACGGACCAGAGCAACCUAACCACUGGUUCUCACACCUUCCAGGAAACACUGGGCUGUGAACUCCAUGAAGAUGGCGACUGUAGAGGAUUUUGGAAGUAUGGUUAUGAUGGAGAGGACUUUCUCAUCUUCCAACCUGAGACGCUCACCUGGGAAGCAGUCCAUCCUGCUGCUGGCAGUCUAAAGAAUGCUUUUGAGGCAGAACAAGUAGAAACAAAGAUCAAGAAAGCAAAAGUGGAAGGAGACUAUUGUGAUCAACUUUUGAAUUACCUGAAAUUUUGGCAGGAGAAAAAAGCAGUAUUCCCUUUGCUGAAUGUGACUCAACAGGAGAACCGAGAGGGAAAGGUCACUCUGAGGUGUUGUGCUUACAACUUUUUCCCUCGAGACAUUAAGGUGACCUGGAUGCAGGAUGGGCACGCACUGAAUCACAGGGACCAGGGAGGAGGAGUCAUCCAGCCUAGUGGGGAUGGCACCUACCAGACCUGGGUGUCUAUAGAUGUCCACCCUGAAGAGUCAAAUUACACUUGCCAUGUGGAACAUCAGGGAAGGAACCAAACCAUCUCUGUACCCUUGGGUCCUGUUCCAGAGGCAAAGAGGAGAUACUGGGUCCUUGCUGCUCUGCCUUUGCUGGUGGUGUUACUGUUGCCUUUGGGCUAUUGCUUUGUGGUGUCAGGUGCAGAGGGAGAAGGCACCAGCAGGAUGGCCUCCCUGUAUGAGCUAUGAUUCAGUGACUCCCAAGGCCUGCUCCUGGUUUGUGGGGCCAGGGCUGUGCUCCACUCUCACUCAGACUCAUGUACUACAUACUCUAUUUCAUUCAUAAUUACUACAUAUUUUAUGCCAAAAUUUUUUUUUUUUUACAAAAUGUGAGGUAUGACAAUGAAGUGAAUCUUUUUAAAAGAUUUUGCUGCUAUUAUUUAAAAAUCAUUUGUUACUGAACUGUCUUUGGUGCAAGAUUAGGAUGCAUGGAAUGCUCAUGAGUAUAUGUUAUAACUGAAUAGUCCAAAUCGGCUCAUAUCAUUUCUUCAUGACCACUUAGUGAGCAUUUUUCCUCUCUGAAAAAUAAUGUUAACACAUUAGUUGUUAUUGAUAUGUGCCUUAUAGUUGAAAUAUUAUGCUUGACAAAAUUUACUGUGUUGUUGGGAAGUACAGACUUACAAAAUUUAAUCUGUGUUGGAAGAUUCUGUGCUGCUAUCAUUGGUAUUGCUAUCUGACACACAGUCCUCAGCACCACUCAUAUCAGAUGUAUUUACUUUGCUGUCACUGUACCACAGUGGCUCAUCUUCAGAUCCAUCUAGUGCAUUUGAAAUGCCAUCUUUUUUUGAAGCUUUUGAAGACUGUUUCGUGUGGUUUAAGGUUCCAACUCUUAAUUACUGGUAAUGAGUGUGGGCUGAGAAUUCUAGGCUUGGGGCUCACAAUGGCGAUAGAUAAAUGCAUACCCAUAUGCUGCUGAUGCAUACAUUGUUUCUCUGUUUACCUUGUAUGCUGUAUGAGGAAUAGAAUCACACCAUGUGACAAUUAUGCGAUAAAAGGUUAUAAACCUGUUUUUGGACUGAAAAACAUGCUAGGCCUAUUACGUGACUUUUAUUCAGCACCUCUCAAUUGCACCUGAGGCUGUUACUACCAGCUAUGGUAUCAAUACUGACAGAGCCACCUGAUGAUGGGUUCUGGGAGGAGGUGAUGGUACAGGGAAGCUGCUAACAGGCCUAUUCAGGAAGUGACUGGAAGCCUCUCCUAUGUCUCCGAAACAAAUCCAGUAGCAUUUAUUAAGUAACUGCUACGUGUCAGGAAUUGUGGAUGCAACCAUGAAAAGGAAACAGUCCUCAAUCCUCAAGGAAUUUACAUGGGGAGGGGGUUGGGGAGAACCUAACUUCUUCCACAGCUUAAAAAAUACAAAGUAAAUACAAAGUAAUUUCAUAGCAGAGGAAGAAAGUUAAUAACUGAGGGAUCCAGCAAAGGCUUCUGUUUGUUAGGAAAGGUACCUGAUGUGAGCUCUGAAGGGAGCAAGGGGAACCGGUUCCAAAGGAUUGGGGUGGGUUUGGUUCAUUAAUGGAAUCACAGGAAAUUCUUGGAAUCUAUGAAAAUUUGACUUAGGCUGGUUUUGUGUGCCUUUAGUGUUUGACAUGUACUGCACCUUCCCUGCUGCUGUUGGGCAAUACUGCCCCUAAACAUAAAGCUGGAUGUGGCUAAUUGCUACUGGGACAUGUUUUAAAAAAAAGAAAUGUGAUUUUGGUAACUUUUCCUUUUAAGUCACCUUGAAUAUCUCAUCACAGAAUCAUCUUUAAUAAUAUAUUUUUUAAAAGAGCAAGAAGAGAAGAAUUUUAGCAAGAUGUUUUCAAAAGUCUUCAUCUGUUCCUUAAAGAAGACCCACCCUGCCCUUCCACUGCCAAAGAAGGAAGAGGAGACCUUAGCCCUUGGAGCAGGCACAACAUGGGGUCAUCCUCUAAAGCUCUGGUCUCAUAAAGUCAAUCAAUAAUCAAUCCAUUAAACACUUAUUAAGUUCCCACUAAGUGCCAGGUACAUAGAAACAUAUUAAGUGUUCCCAAACAGCAGUGGAGGGGUAUUUAAGGGCCCACUUUUCCAACAGAUAAGCCUCAGUAGUAGCAAGUCAGUCUUCUUUAUAGAAAAGUAAUAAAUACCCUUUGACUCAGCAAUAGCACGUCUAGGGCUAUAUCCCAAAGAGAUCAUAAAAAUGGGAAAAAGAUCCA